AUGGAACUGCCCGAUGAACUUUACCUCGAGAUCUUUUCACAUUUGCCCCAGCACCACCUCCGCUCAGUAUCUCAAACAUGUCGCGCUUUUGCGACCAUUGUGAGGCCGCUGAUUUUCGCCACCAUUCAUCUAGAUGGCUCUCCCCAGAGCAGAUUUGGCAGGAUGGAGAAUAACGAGUGUGUCAUGUACCCGGGUCGUUCACGCACGGUGGAGUUGGUUUCUUUGGAAAGUACCGUGGAUGAGCUCAUUGCGCACGACAUUGCGCGGCAUGUUCGGAAGCUCAAGUUUAGUCCCAAAUACUACGUAGAUGGGUUCUGGUCGAGGUAUCGCCAUUGGCUAGAGCGUGAGCAAGACUACGAGGAAGACUUUCAUCGAAUGUAUGAUGAAGAAGACUUUGAGACAGACUCUGAAGGUGAGUAUGCCGGAAUUCGUCGUCUCGCCGCGGAACGACUAGCAAGACCCGAUAGAGAGCGCGAAUUGAUCGAGCAGGCGGAAGCGAUCUGGGCCGCCAAGGUGGAGGAGCAGCGCGUAAGGGCAGACGCGAUUCUAGCAGCAAUGGUCAAGCUCUUCGCACAUAUGCCGUGCCUGAAAGCUAUCGAAGUCCAAGAGUGGCAUUGUGACUUGGGUGAUUAUGGAUUCGAAGAGGGCGGCGACGAUGAAGUGGACGAGCAGUUCUCUGGAUGCGGCACGACCUGGAAGCACCUUGAACUCCUAUGCUCCGCCGUUCAAGCGUCGAACAGUCGCAUCCAGAGUCUGGUUCUCCCCAAGAUUGAUCCAUCUUCAAUCACGACAAGUGCCGCCUUGGAACACAUGUUCAGCUCUCUCACUGCACUUUCGUUCAACGCCGAGAGUGUCGACUUCAUGCUUGACUCAUCUAACAACGAAGCUGAAUCCCUCGCUGCCUUGAUUCGUUGCUCAUCGGAGACGUUACAAACAUUCGAGUUCCGCAACAUGACUACAUCACAUCCACAACUACCGGAUGUGGGCGAGCACUACAUCGCAAAGCUCCUUGGUAGCGUCAGUGCCACCGACUCAGCAGAUAUCACACCGCUAGUCUUUCCGGCCUUGACAACUUUGAAGCUACGAAGUUUGGUCCUGGACACACCGUCUCUCAUCACCUUUCUAUCCCGACAGCCGCGAUUGCGAUAUGCUCGCUUUGAGUACAUCUAUCUCGCUACCGUGGGGUAUAAGUGGAGCGAUGUCGCCGAAAAAUUGCCGUCAUCGUGCAACCAACUAUACAUUGGUAACAGUGGGCACGAAAAGUGGGGGCCAGACUCGCCCGCAGCGUACAACCACAUCAAGAAAUUCUUACCGUUCCAAGAUGAUAUGCCGGCUACAUCAGGUUGGCGACUCAAUGAUGCCGCUUUUCAAAAAGAGAUGGAUGAUGAGAUCCAACGAAACAUGGAUGGCGGAAUGAGGUUCUUGCCACAGGAACGCUGGUUUCAGGGCAAGACGAAAGAGGAAUGGGUGGAUAUGAUGCGAAUGGCCAGUGAACAUGCAGAGUUUGAGAGAAUUUGA